AUGGCACCCACGGCAGUCCCACGAACCACCUCCAACCCCAAACUGGUGGUUUCCCUCAAGCCAAUCCAGCCUAUUCAACUAUGGACGUUCGACGGAGUGCUUUCCUUGCUCCGAGCUGGCCAAUCUCAAUAUGUACUUGAUGCCGUGGACGAGUUUCUUCUUUUGAAUUCUGCCAUUCUCAAGAGUAGUUCACCAUUUGCUGUUGAAACAAAGCAAAUUCUCAACAAGAAACAGAAAGAGUUCUCACUUAGAGAGGUUUUGUACUCAGGAGCCUCAGAAAAAAAUAUGGACGACGCCGAAUCAUUGGCACGAUUGCUUCUGGUUGACGCCAAAGAAGCAUUGAGAAUUAUCGUUCAGACCAGUAAUAGGAUGCCUGAAGCCCACUCCGACACCGAAAAGGUGAAAUCCAAACUCCCAGACGAUAGCGUGAGCCACAAACAGCAACAACGACUCCAGCUCUAUGUGUCCAGAAUUCUUCGGGAAAGACGUACGGUGCUUCAUGUGGUCAUCGAGUUGCUCAAUAACAAAUCGAACCCUUCUGUUUCUUCUGCGGUUCAAAAUCUUGGUCGGGAUUUGUAUCUUUCGACAAAUUAUUGCUCGUCUAUGAUAUCCACCAUUGGUUCUCUCAUCGACACAAUUCAAGAAAAAGGACCUAGCUCAGAAAACGAUAUCAAUAACAUCAUCUACUCGGAGUCGGUUGCUACUCUCAUAGUAUCGCUUAAAGUAGUGGUGGAGUUGGUAACUCAAAAUGGAAGCAUAGACAACAAUUUGGCCAUUUCAUGGUUCAAACUCAUGCGCUCGACCAACUUUAUGAGCAUUCUUGCCUCGUCCAUUCGUGAGUCUGAGUCUUUCAUGGUAAUAGAAUCGAUUUCAACCGCCAUAUCGGUAGUUCUUCUUGAUCUUAUUGAUACAAAUUCAGUCUUCGAUGCAUCCCAACCAAACCAUCUCGAACCGUCCAAAUUCCAAGAGAUUAACACCAUAAUAUCCGCCUCAUCCAACCACAAUACAAUUAUCAUCUUCUACUGGUCGAUAAUACUAUACAAAAAGCAGAUUUACCUUGAAGAAACCAGCAGCACCAAUUCAGAAAAUGCUUUAACCAACAUAUUCUCUUCGGAGAUUGUACCUUCUCUUCACACUCUCCAGGCCAGAUGUGAAGGCGUAUACCAACAGAUUAGCACCACAGCAGAAAUCUUACGUUUCGAUAACAUAUUCGCUGCCAUCCUUUCGAAUGUUCUUAUUGCUGCUAUUCCACUCGUUUCUAUGACACCUGAAGUCUCAAAAUGUAUUCAAGAAGUAUUGAAAAGUGCUCCAAGAGGCAUGAUCCAAAAGUUUUUCGAGGACCCAUCCGUCCAACAAGCACUCAUAAUAACUCGCGCAAAGUUUCCGUUACUGUUGUCUCCAUAUAUAAACCUUGCGGGUGUUAGUGGCACUUUUGCAUUCAACGAAUUCAAUGAGCUUAAAUCUUACAUGUCCUUGUUCAAGAGGGAUGAAUUUGAAAUGCUUACUGAGAUUGACGACGAGAACACUGAACUUGUAAAGUUAUCUCAGACGGUUGAUAUAUUUCCUCCAUUUGAACAGAACAAGAAGUUAUCUUUACUAAUGGGACUUGAAACAAAAGCCAAGGUUAUACCUGCUGCAAAUGAAGACGAGGUGCUUGCUACGUUCUUGUACAAGUUCAAUGGUUGGUCAUUUUUGGGCCGUGUUCUUCAAAACUUAUCGAAGAACUUUGAUUUUACCGACCGAGAGAAGGUGGACACGAUUGUGGAUAUUAUGAGUAUGCUUACAAAAGUCGUUGGUGAAGUUUCAGUAGAAGACAGCAAGCAUGCGCUCACGUCUAUGUCAGCAUACACAGACGAUUCGGACGUUCUUGAGGUGAUUUUCAGGUUAUUUGAGCAAAGUUUACACAGCAGAAACAUUCGGAUGAUAGAGUCAAUCCUUAACUUGCUCACACAAUUGGUACCCAUAUUCUCGUAUCGCAUAUGGCCUGCUUUCUCAAAGUCUGCCUUAUUAUUUGAUGGCACACGAGAGGGUUUUGCAACGGUUAUUUUUGGGUCCAUCGAAAUGGUCAAUGGUGACUUUAGGCUUACCAUUGCCCUUGCAAAGUUGACGGAUGCGUUAGUGUACGACUGUUUGACGUUGGACAAUGCUGUUCCUUCCAAAGUUAAGGAAGCAGUUCUCAAAAAAUUGGUGAGCCAUUUGAUUGCAGUCAUGGAAAGUUACGCUCAGUGUAACUUUAGAAGCUUUCAGCAGAAGAUGGAGACCGGAGUCAUAUUAUUGGACGCUUUCAGAGGUAUUUUAGCUUCUGUCUACGGUAUUCACCACCAUGGAAAGACAGCCAAAGACAACGUUUUGAUUGCUACUUUGGUUCCAGCUGCAGAAACACUCCUUUCAACUUUCACAAACCAAGCAUAUGGCUCUGCCCGUUCAUUCUACCCAAUCAUUUCCAUGAUCGAGUCGCUUUCUGAUGGUUUAACUCAAUAUGAACUUUUGGAUUGCCUGUCGUUCUGGUACUUGAAUUGGAUCCAGUGCUCGUUAUCGUUUGCACAGCUUGUGAUUUCCAUACGGACUUCGUUACGUUUGCCAGUCAGUCCCUUCGAGAUCGCCAUGUUUCAAAGAUUGCCAGAUCUUGUGAGUGCGUAUGCCUCUUACGAGUGUCUUGGAAAUGACAUUUUGAAUACUCUCACCGCCUUAGCAAACGGUCUGAAUUCAGGAACUCAGGACGCUGGAUCGAGGCUCUCAAUGCUAUCUCACUUGGGUCGUGAACACUCGAAAUCUCUUCGUGCUUCCCUCAUAUCGGAUCUCGAAAACCUGCUUGACGACCAUGCGAUAAAGAUAUCCUUGUACGAUUUCAUUUGCGCUGUCAUGGGUGGACGUCAAGAGGGACUAGCAGUACUUCUUAGUGGUCGCAAUGUUUUUGGGGAUCCUAAAGGAAGCCCAGAAAUGAAAGAAGACGUUUCACUUAUUCGUGUGUUGAAAAAGAAGGUGGAAGACAUAAGAUACUACCCAAUGGCUGUAAGUUUGCAUUUGGUGGAUGCCGUGACACUAGUCUUUAGUUCGUGGUCGGCAGUGAGAGAGCUGGAAAAUGACUUGAAGUUUGUCAAUGAGCUUCUUCAAGUUGCACAGGAAUACGCACUCGGAAAUGAAACUACAGACUCAGAUGAUGCAGCAAUUACUCGAUGCUAUCGCCUCAAAUUGUGCUCCAAAAUUGUACAAAUACUUUCGUCGUUUCUAUUUUCGUCUAAUAGCGAGGCAUGCAAAAGUGCUAUUAUCAAGGCCAUAACUUCUCAAUCUUUCAUUGAUAACAUUGCCAAUGUGCUUACCAUAAGGAACUACGACUCUUUGCUCCAUUCCAAGUUGCGAGAAAGCUUUGAAAACUUAUUGCCUAAUUUAAAAUUAGACGACUUUUCAUCGGCAUUAAUCAAAAGAAACAGAUUUGGACCAUCGACCGUCUACAAUUUUGUCCUACUUGACAAGUUGAUCCCCAGAAACCAACAAGGAGAACAACUUAGACAGCAAAUACUCGAUGCAAGCAUGAACAUACAAUACGUUCAGGCUCAAAUUGCUCUUUCGAAAGCAUACGGAGCCAUGAUUUCGUCUUAUGUGCAGCAGUCCAGCCCAAUAGAUUCCAAGGUAUUUGGCUUGGUGUUGCAAUUGCUCAAAGCAAAUGCUGCUGAAGAUGUACCAGCAUCUACGUUUGAAGAUGUUUACUAUGAAAGAAUUCAGCUUGCUUUCUUCAUUCUUUACAACCACUUCAAUAGUGGAGCAAUUAAGGACACCGACCAUCGGUAUGUCUUUGAGAUAAUCAAGACUAUUAUGACCCUUUUCAGUACAGGAACAACCAACCUAACUCAUUGGUUGACAGAGAACCAGAAACUGAGGUUGCAUGCUCCAUUAUUGCGGAUGUUGUUCUGCUGUUUGACCACUAUUCAAGGUAACACAAACUUGAUAACCGAACACUUUAACUUGUUCAAAAGCAUCUUUGAGCUCGUUGUUGCUCGCGGAACAAACUUGAUUUUGAUUCUGGUUCAGAACGACGUCUACCGCUCGAAAACGAAGACUGCCGAUCAAACUGAAACCAUGGACUCUCAGUUGGACAAUUUGCAAUUGAUCUUGUCCAUUACGAAAGUGUUCAUGAAGAUGAAAGCAUCUGAAAGCUUGAAAUACGAAUUCUCGUCCGCCGUUGAGUCCAACGGAACAAUCCGGUCGUUGCUCAAUUUGUACUCAUUUGCUCACAGCAUCACUGUUGAUGGAGAACACAUAUUUGCCCAACUCAGUUUAAUGUUUAUUCAAGAUUUGAUGUCCAUGGAUGUGCUUGCACGCAAUUUCGUGGACAGUGGACUCUUGUUGGUUUUGAUAGAAAGCUUGAUAUCGACGCCUAUCAUUGAGGGUGGAAUUUCUAUCGUUAGUGCUCCUCAUUACCAUCGAAUCUGGACAAAUGGAAUUCUCCCAAUUCUUCUUGUUACAUUGCAAAAGUUGGGACCUCUGGUUUUGCCAGCAGUAUGUUACGACCUCAAGUUCUUCAGGAAGCAAAUUGGAACGUGUAUCGAAAGCUGGUCGCGAGAUGCCUCCAGCAUCCAAAUCACGACGGCUUUGGUGUCAGAAACGAGUCAAAUCCUAUUACUUUACAAGAUUCUUAGUGCGUUCCUGGAUACUGCUGUGUCGGUGCUCCCUGGAUUGGAUACCGAAGAGAAUCGCGAGGAAUUUGCGGAGUGCUUGAAUAACUUGCUCAAGCAUCCUAAAUUUCUCUCAUCGAGAGUCGCACCUAGCUCGCAAGAAGAGCUGAGAGUAUGGGAACAGGAUGACGAUGGAAGAGCGAUGAGUGCAUUUGUGGGUGAGUUGAUCGAGGAGAUCAGAGACCUCAAGGAUAUGAUGGCGUAG